UUGGUUAUAAAAGUUGAUGUUUGACACCUUUGCAAUUUUCGAAGUUGUGCGUCUUCUCAAGUAAUGGCUGUGUCGUUUGCGCGCUAGCAGUCGUAGCAAAUGGAGUAAUAUGUAGCACGUGGAAUCCCACGUACAGUGCGGUCCACAAGCGGCAAUUCAAACUCUGCGAUUCUACAAAAUAGAAAAUUCCUCCAAAAGUCUACAAAAAAACAAUUCGAUGUUUAACGAAUUUUUGCGCUGACAGCAAUUCUUUCACACAGAAAUUAUUUCCCAUUCUGUCAUUUGGAAGUUCGAUUUCAAUUCAACGACUAGCACAGUCGGCUGGAAUGCAGUAGGCUAAGAAAGAUAAAAGUCAAUAAAAUUGCAGUACCAAGAAGAUACCACGCAACAAUUAGCUAAACUGCAAUGGAAAACUCAUCUCAGAACGAUACGCCUGAUCGCAGUGUUUCAUACACGAACAAAGUUUUGAGACAAAGUUCGGAGGAUUUUUUCCGUGAGGUGUUCGCCAUAGACGAUUUGACAUUGCAGGAUGGAGCUGCUACCGACAGAAAGGAUAGUGAAAUUGAAAUUCCCCCGGUUAACUAUCGUACACUGUACAAGGAGCUGGUCAAGAAAAAAAAGCAAUUGAUCCUCGUAUGUAGCUUAUUGUUUCUGCUUUUUCAAUUCAUUACAUGUUUCAUAUAUUUUGCCUUUUUUUACCCACAGGAGAAUGAAUUCCUUCAGAAUAAACUACGGAAGAGCGAGAGCAAACUGUUGCAAGUAAUACGCGAUCGAAACUUCCUAUUGGACCGGUUGCUUGUACACGAGGAACGAUUAAAAUGUCAUCGUGAAAAUCCGACAACACCGAAAGAUGAAAUCACAAAGGAUGUUUAA